UAAGAGUAAGCAAUUAAUCUAAUUUAUCUAAGAAAAUAGUGGGAGAAAGCAAAACAAAGAUAAAGAGGGUGAAAUGGCAAUAGCACAUUUGCACAUUGCAAGUGGAUGCUGAGCUGGCAUUGUUUGAUUGGCGAUACUUCCAUUGAUAAUAUAUUUUUCUUUUAUAUGAUUAAUUGAACUGAAAAGCAAAAAAAAUAUUAAAAACAAAAAGAUAACGAUUUAGAGUUAUUUUUUAAUAAACAAAAAGAACGGAAUUAUAAAAUAAAAACCCCAUCAAAUUAGUAAAGCAAAAUUAUUUAAAAAAAAAAAGGGGAAAAAUUCAAAAUCAAGAAGACCUUUCCUUUGUCUAAUCACUUCAUCAUCUGCUUGCAUAGAAAUGUCAACCACCAAAGUUCCGGUUAGUUCUUUGAUUGGCACACCACAGCACAAAACCCAAAUAGUUUUCUUUUUUCUAACUAUAAAUACCCUUAAGAUGCAGCGAACCGUCUUCUAUCAUUUUGAGUAACCACACAAAAGCCAAAGCCAAAACCAAACAAUCUUCAAGAAACCUCAAGAAUCUUUUAACAACUACAGCAAUAACCGCAAAAAAGAAAAGAAAAAAUAACCAUCAACAUAGCUACUGUAAAGCAGCUUCAGUUUCAGCUUUUAGCAGCAGCCAUGGCGGAUGACUUUAACACAAGCACUAACUGGUGGGAUUCAUCAAGAGCGAGGUUUGACAGUACAGGAUCAUCUUCUUCAUCUUCAGGGCAGCUUAAUAGUUUAGGAGGCAGCUUUAAUAUUGCUGCUAAUUGGCCAUCUGAAAUGGUUGAUGUUAAAGCAAGAUCUUCUAUAGAGUCUGCAUCUGUUUCUGAUAGUUCUGUUGUUUUUCAUGAUACCCAAAAGCUGCAACAUGGUCAAGAUUCUUCUAGUGGUGACCACUUGCAAGUCAUGGCGCUAGGCCUUUCUUCUUCACAUGCCAUCGAUUGGAACCAAACCUUACUUCGCGGCGAUAAGCAUGAGAGCAGCUUCCGCUCGAUGCUGCAAGAGAAUUUGAAUUCAAGUACGAGUUAUAAUCAGCAAGAGACUGGGAUUGGAGGAUCAUCUCAAGUGCAGUGGAGAGAGAGGGUUUUUUCUGGGGUUAGCGGCGGCGGCGGCGGCAAUUCUUCGAUGAAUGAGUUCAAUAAACAAAUGAAUCCGCGGGGAUUUUCUUUAGAUCAAUCGCAGUUUAGUCCUCAUGGAAGUUCAAGUGAUAGCACUGUAACAUGUCAGGGAUUGAAAACCAGUUUCCAGAUGGAAUCAGCAGCUAUUUAUGGCAGCCCUUCAACUAUGCUACAAAGGCUAUUAGGAUCUGAUAAUCAACACCAUCAGCAUCAACAACAGCAACAGCAACAGCCGUCUUUCGAGAAUCGAUCCAUGAACUAUCCUUAUGGAGCAAACUAUUGCAUUACUAGUAAUGAAUUAGUCCCUUCUUGGUCUAAAGUGCCUCAAUUCUUAAGAAAUUCACCUCCUAAACAAUCUCCUCAAAGCCAAUUACACUUCUCUAAUAACGCCCCUUUCUGGAAUGCAUCUGCAAGUUCCAUGAAUGAUGUUUGUCCGAGCUUUUUCCCUCCUUUGCAACAGCAAUUUCCUACAUCUAGUUAUGAAGAAAAACCAAAGCAGAAUAUAUCUGAAGUACGGGAAUCAAGUAGUACUACAACAGUGAAGAAAAGUGGAAGUGAAACAGCAACAAAAAGGCCUCGAAAUGAAACAGCAUCAACUGUGCCAGCCUUUAAGGUGAGGAAAGAGAAGAUGGGGGACAGAAUCACUGCACUUCAACAAUUGGUUUCGCCUUUCGGAAAGACUGAUACAGCCUCAGUGCUCUCUGAAGCUAUUGAGUAUAUCAAAUUCCUCCAUGAGCAAGUCACUGUACUAAGCACCCCAUACAUGAAAAGUGGAGCUCCCAUACACCACCAGCAGAGUUCUGACAAGUCCAAGGAUCCUGAAGGACAAAAACAAGCUGAUCUUAGGAGCCGAGGGCUAUGUUUAGUACCAGUUUCCAUCACUUUUCCAGUAACUCAUGAGACCACAGUUGAUUAUUGGACCCCUACAUUUGGAGGAACAUUCAGAUGAAUGGAAAGAGAAAUGGGUUGAAAUUCGAGCACGGGCUAAUGAAGCUAAGCUAGGAAUCAGACUCUACGCAAACUAGCUGGCGAUCGAGUAGUCUAUAUAAUGCAUAACCUUAUCAAAAAAAAAAAAAAAAAAGAAACCCUAGCCAAGUUGGAGAAGAAAUGAUAAGGUUAUGAAUUUCACCGUAAAGAAGAUGAAACAACACACACUGACGCACAAACUGGCUCAAAGAUGUCCUCUCGGUUCGGAUUUUUAUUUUUUUUUAUAAAAAAGGAAAGGGAAAGAAAGGAAGAAAACACAGCAGCCUCACGUAGUUAAAAUAUGUCAAAAAAAGAAAAAAAAAUCAAAGGAGUUUCAGAAGAGAAGAAAAUGGCGAAAAGAGAAAGAAAUGACAAAUUCAAAGGUACAUGGUAAGGGUAGUAGUGUUGGGUCAGCUACAGGCAAAAUGAUGCUGGUUGGCCAAUAUAGGGACCAAUAUUUGGAAGCAUAUUAAUUGUUGUAAUAAUUGAAGAAUUAUAUGAUUAAAAACGUGGGUUAGAGAAUGAGAAUAGGUGCUGAUUUUUUUUAAUUAUUAUUAUUAAUUAGUGGAAAGUGUUGAAAGAUUAGUUUAUAAAGUAUUUAAAGUAGAUAAUUAACAUUUGUUUUCUGUUAAUUUAAUGAAAUUAGCAGUACUAUGUAAUGUAGUUGAAUUUAUUAGAAGAAGAAGAAGAUUUAUAAAGGAGCUUUUUGAGGUUUGUGUAGGCAGCUAGAAAAAGAUUGUGAAGAAUAGAGAGGUGGGUCUAAUGGCUUUUUGAUUAAGAGAAAGGGAAGAAAAGAAAGAAAAAAAAAAAGAAGAAUUGAAAGGAAUAAUUGAUAUCCUGAAAUGGGGAGUGAGAGUGGGGAUGUCAUUUGAUUGGAAAUCUCACUUUUCAUUUGUUUAUGUGUUUGGAAUAUUGUUAGUGGAAGUCAGAGGCUGGCCCAAUGCCCUUUCUUA